CAAUCCGGCCGAAACGACAGUACCGGGUCAUUCUGUCCCGAGAGCGCACACCCUGGGAAGCCGACAUCGGGACCGCGCGUUCCAGGCGGAGCAUAGGGGGAGCGCACGCCUGCGCCGGGGGCCUCGCUCGAGUUCCAGGGUGGAAGGUUGCGCGUUUGAGUGUCCAUGGCAACGCGACGCUUCCGCCUUCUGGAAGCCUUGGCUCCAGCUCCGGUAGUGUGAGACCGGUCCCAGUGGGAGGGACCCGGGCUGGGGAGGACGGAUGGGGGUUCGAGGGGGUGGGGGGCUCGAGAAGCUGCUGGGAACAUUUGCCCGAGGGAUUGAGCUAAACUAAGAAAAACCGGUCCAAGGCUCAGCACAAAAGGAUCUUUUCAUCCAGUUCUUUCGCCCACGCAGGGAACGAUGCCUCUGGAGGUGGUGGUGGAGCUGCAGAUCCGGGCGAUUUCUUGUCCUGGAGUGUUCCUUCCUGGCAAGCAAGAUGUGUACCUUGCUGUUUACCUCCUGAAUCAGUACCUGGAGACAGAGUGCUUUCCCUCUGUGUUCCCUAUUAUGAUUCAGCAGAACAUGAGGUUUGAAAAGGUAUUUGAAAAUGCAAUCGAUCCUGGAGCUGUAGUAGACAUUUUAGAAACCUUCCUAACCAGGUUUGAAUUAAUACAGCGAGUGCCUCCAGUAUGGGCAGAGUUGGCCUACUAUGAAGAAAACACACGGGAUUUUCUGUUCCCUGAGCCCAAGCUGACACCUUCACACCCUGGGAUGUGUAGGGAGGUGCUCAUGAAGACGGUUGCAGGUUUUCCGGGCAUUGCUCCCAAAAUAGAGUUUUCUACAAGGACAGCCAUCAGAGAAUGUGUGUUUCUGCACAGAAACAGAUUUCUUGAAGAAAGGUAUAAGUCUAGAAAGCCCUUAUCUACUUCAUAUGGACCAAAAUUCCCCUUGAGUGAUAUAAAGGUGAAGCCAAAGGAGAGUAAUCUCGACAGACUCCCCCAAAGCAUGCAAUCCCGUGCGCCCUCUCCAUAUUCCACCAGGCGUUUCUUCCAGGACCAGCCAGCUCAACUGAACUUUGGAAAUAAUUUCAAAAUCUCCAGACAAAGCAAACCUCCAUUUGUGGUUAGACAUGUGGACAGCGCAAAGCCCUUUGGUGAGAAUAUUUCAGAGCAUCAUUCCCGGAAGUCUAGAAGAAAAUCUAAGUUUUCAAACUUUCCGUUUCCAGUGAGAAGAGCUUCUUCUCUUGACAGCCUUGCAGCUAACGUAAAGGUUAUCAAAGAGCCAGAUGAACGGAUUGUUUUAAGGAAUGAAUCACCAUCACCUUUAGGUUCAAGUAAGUUUGGAAAGCCCUCACCCAGUUACAGUAACCAAGGGGAUGCCGAUUUCCACCGGGAAACUUCAUUUGCUACCUCCCAGCACUCCAGAUCUCCCAGCCCUCUUCGGGAUCAGCCCCUCCUCCGAGAAAGGUUCCAUCCUAAUUCUCAGUCUACAUGGAAGAAGAUCCAUGAAAGGGUAUGCAGUCUUCUGACAUCCCACAGAGCUCAGCAGCACCCAGACGAGAAAGAUUCUAUCUCUGAAGUAAAUUAUAUCCUUGAAAGACCCAGCUACCAUCUGAAGAAAUACCCAGUGCAUGAACAGAGAUAUUUUUGAGCUGCUGUCUUAUGGGAAAGGGAAUGAAAGCUGGAGGAGCAUCAGGAAGAAAUCCCUCAUCGAAUCAUCUGACACAUCCUUAGAGAAAUGGACAACAAUUUUUGUUAUGUGUGUCGAGUUACCAGUAUCUAAUCCCCUUUAAAUCAAACCCUGUACUCAGUCUUUUGUACCCAGGUAAGAGUCAUUGAUUAAAGAGUUUGGUGUUUGGGGCUCAUA